GCAGCAGCAGCAUCUUCCUUUAUCUCUUGUCUGCGGAAAUACGCCCGAACCGAACCGAACCGACCCUGACGACACAAGACCCUCCAAAAACUGCUGGAUCUUACGCCCCGGAAUUCAUCUCAUACGCGCGCGAGUUUAAGGUUUCAUUAUCCAUACUGUUAACUCAGUCCUGCAGAAUAUGAUGGAACUGAAGGAUGACCGGCGGUUCCAUAAUCUAACACAGGAGCAAGUGGAGACUCUAGAUCAGGUUCUCACAGAGGUCAUUCCCAUUCAUGGCAGGGGCAACUUUCCCACCUUGAAGAUUAAGCCCAAGGACAUCAUUCAUGUCGUCAGAGAUAGACUGGUUUCUAAGAAUAUCAAGGUGAGGGACGUCCGUCUCAAUGGCUCCACCGCAAGUCAUGUCCUAGUCAAGGAGAAUGGCACUAGUUAUAAAGACUUAGACAUUAUCUUUGGUGUGGAGCUUCCUAAACAGGAAGACUUUCAGAUCAUAAAAGAAGUAGUUCUGGGGUGCCUCCUGGACUUUUUGCCACAAGGAGUUAACAAGGACAAAAUCACAGCUCUUACUAUGAAGGAGGCUUACGUACAGAAAAUGGUCAAAGUCUUUACCGAGUAUGACCGAUGGAGCCUCAUCUCACUCUCCAACAACAGUGGUAAGAAUGUGGAACUCAAGUUUGUCAGCUCUCUGCGUCGGCAGUUUGAAUUCAGCGUCGAUUCCUUUCAGAUCAUCUUGGACACUAUGUUGGAGUCCUACCUUGAGGCUGAGAGACGGGAGGCUGCACAACUCAAGGAGAAAGAACAGGAGGCUUCAGUGAUUCAGAGCACUGACUCGAAGUCAGGUAUAUUACAUAAGCAGAUCACCUCUGCUGGUACAGAGAGCUGCAAUGAAACAGAUAUUAACAUGUUAGGUGAAACUAAGGACAUGAACGCUUUGCAUGAUGUGUGCCACAACGAAAGAGUUAUGAUGGAAGCCCAGUACGAAUCUUCCAGAGAAGAAACAACUGUUGAAACGAUCCAGGAGGAAAAAAAUGAGGAGAUGAAUGAAUCUCUAACAAUGACUGAAGAUAUGGAAGACGUAUCAGAACUGUCUGAAACAAGAUCAGUGCAUAUGAAUAAACCAGAGGAGCUUCAUCAAAAUCUCUUGAUACAGUCGAGACGAGACGUUAACUCGCAGCUAGAAAUCGAACGGGUGGUCAUUGAGGAAAAUAAAAGCAUACAGUGUGACACAGAGCUGUCAGAUUCUCAAGCAUGUGUCCAUGCAGAGGGGUUUAAAGAGAGUGAAACCAUAUUAACUGCAUAUUCAGACAGUGUUAAAUCUGUAUCUAAAAAGGAGCGUACAAACACAGUAGGUGAGCCGAUGCAAACUGCAGAAAAAAACAUCGGACAAUCUACAUUCCAGCUUCCUCCCAUCACCCUUCUUACAGAAAACACCCCAGUGGACUCAAACAAUGAGUCCUCUUUAGCACCUCCGCCUAAGAAAACUAGUCGGAGUUCACAAAUGGUUGUUCUUAAGCAUUCCUCACCAAAACCCCCCAGGAAAAUGUCUAGGAAGGUCCCAUGUGUGCCACACUUAGCAAGCAAAUUAGUCUUAAAAGACUCGACAGUUCAAUCUUCUCAACUUGUCAGCCAUCCACUCAACGUAAGUGACCCAAAAGAAUCAACACAUACCCAACUAGAAUUAGCAGAGCAUACCACUAACUGCUCGGAGUCAAUGUCCAGUUCUUCAUAUGACAAUGACUCAGUGAUUAGAAUAUUAGAUAUAUCCACAACAGCCUUUAGUGUUUCACCCCAGGAGAAUUGUACACACUCAGAGGAGAUGCUUUCCAUACCUUCAUCCCCAGAAAAAAAUGUUCAAGCACUUUUAGAGACUUCAGAACCAGAGACUGGUGAAACUACUAAUCAUUCUGUCCCAAGCCCCAAGCCCGGUUCUGGCCAAAAGGACCAAAACAUGAGCAUUCAACCUCUUCCUGAGAUUCUGACAAAAACAUGCUCUCAACCAGUGAGGCCAAUUAUUCAGAUCAAUUGUCAGCCUAUAGUAGAGGUAGAAGAUAGCUUAUCUGUCUGUCCAAAGCCUUUAUACAAAGAGGAUACCCAAACGGAUGAAUGCGCUCAAGAAUAUUCAGAGUUCCAAAUAACUGUUAUGCAUACAGUAGAUGCUUCCUCCAAGUUAGGGACACCUCUGUCUACAGAUCUUACUUUUGAUUCAGGAGAGGUAGAAAUCACUGACCAGGGCUCUGGGGUUCCUGUUAUUUCAUCACCAGUUCCUGAACCCUCCAUAUCAUGUCUACUGCCUCAGGAACCUAAUGUACCUGGCACACCGACUCUGGAGUCUUCGAUUUUAACAUCACACCUUCUAGAACCACCCAUACUGAUACCCCAACAGGCUCAAGAUUCCUUGGUGUUAGAAAAAGACUUUUCCAAAUCACCUGAAAUAUCAUCAUGUCUUCUAGAAGCUCCAAUAUCAGUGUCUAAAGAUGGUGUGUAUUCUGUCUGGCCAUCAAACGUUUUGGAACCUUCCACAUGUUCUUCAGAGGGAUCAAAGUCUUCUGCAUCGUCAAUUCAAACUCCAGAACCACCAGAAGUAUUAUCGCAGAUUGUGGAACCUUCUGUAGACUCAACACAGCCUGUACAUUCUUCCAUAUCGCAGGCUGGGGUUCUAGAACCUUACAUUCAUCUAGAGUUAGUGACCCCUGUAGAGACUGCAGAGGAUUCAAAUAUACCUGACUCGAUAGCCACAAAAUCACCCCUGCCUUCUUCCAGAGAGAUUCCUUCUGUCACAGUAGUGGCAGAAAGCAUGUAUGGAGAUUUUGAGCAAGCCAUGGACCACCUGCGUUACAGGCUAAUCGCAACACGCAAUCCAGAGGAGAUCCGGGGUGGUGGCCUGCUCAAGUACAGCAACCUACUGGUUAGAGAUUUCAAACCUGCCAGCGAGACCGAAAUUAAAACUCUAGAGCGUUAUAUGUGUUCGCGGUUCUUUAUUGACUUUCCAGAUGUUAAUGAGCAACAAAGGAAGAUUGAGUCCUAUCUACGAAACCACUUCAUUGGAGAGGAGAAAAGCAAGUACGACUACUUAAUGACACUACGACGGGUGGUCAAUGAGAGCACUGUGUGCCUGAUGGGCCACGAGCGUCGACAAACACUCAAUAUGAUUACCAUCCUGGCUCUCAAAGUCCUGGGAGAGCAGAACAUCAUUCCCAACACCAACAACGUCACCUGCUUUUACCAGCCUGCUCCAUAUAUGGCUGACCACAACUUCAGCAACUACUACAUUGCCAAUGGCCAGUCCCCAAUUAUAUAUCAUCCAUAUCCUCUACAUAUACACAUGCAAACUGGGCUGGUUUAGCAGUGGGCAUGAUGUAUACAUGGGAAGCUGUGCAGAAAUAUAACCUCCUGCAACCUAAAAUGGCCACCACAAAUAAAAUCCUCAGCAUGAGAGAAAGUCCUAGCACUUAAUUGAAUAAAACCAUAUUUUGAUUGCUUUCAAUUUAUUUAAACUAAAAAUAAUUUAAAAACAAACAAACAAACAACGUGUUCUGACUGUAAAUCAAGAAGUGACAAUGGUUUGGACCAUUGGGCUAACAGUGCAAUUUUAUGGAGACACAUGUAUCCAUGGAUUCAAAAUCACAUCCUGCUGGAAUCAGUACAGUUGAUGAUCAGAGGAAAAUAAUACAUGAAAACAUUAGUAAUAAAGGUGAUAAAGCAAAGCCUCUAAAUACCAGUAAUACAUGUGUCUGACACAUUGAAAGGUGGGUUUUAGAAACACAGUGCUGAGGGUGAGAAAGUCUUUUAUGUUACAAGGAAUGAAUGCUAAUGACCUGGCGUAUUUUCCUUUUGUUGUGUGUAAAGCCUAUAAAAUGGCAGGCUUCAUUCGCUAAGCUGGUCAAGAUACUAUAAGGAACAUUUUUAGCAUCUAGCACUUGCUAGACUUAAACACGAAAACAGUUUUGAAAAAGAAAAACAAGAAUUGAAUUAAGCUGCACUAAAGUGGUCAUUCUGAAGCAGUCAAACUGUUCGAUCGAGUUAUAUGUGUCCAAUGGCCAAUUCGAUUGGAAAUUCCUCAGAAAAUUCAUGUAAGAAACUCCAGUCUACGUUACGAACCGUUUCCUGUCAACGACCAGUUAGAUUACGUGCAGAAAUGUAGGGUUUUAGAACGGCGAGGCUUUGAUCUUCCAGUGAGUCUGCGGAGAUUCUAUACAGUACAAUGAUGUGUUCAAGAGGGAUUUAUGAAGGGUGUAUUCAAUUUAUUCCAUACGUUUUUAGAAACAACUCAAAGUAGUCCAUGACUCACGGUUCAGUUCGACGCUGAUUCCUACCAGCUGCAUGAUUGAUUGCAGAUGUAAACCGGUGUGAAAUUUAGUCUGAAAGUUAAAUGUCUGUAUCUCUUCAGCCUUUUAUUGUCAUUGGCUGUGUUGUCAUUGGGUUGUGUAUGUCCAGAAUGUGUAAAUUAUGUUUUCGGAUUGAUGUCAAAAACUACGGGGACAGUGAAAUGUCGUCACUAUAAUAAUGUUACUGCCAGAUUUCACCAUAUGAGGUCUUGAGUUGUCGUGAAAUCUAAUGAUGUACUGACGAAGAGAGAGAAAUGUCUUAGUGAUGCAUGUAUGUGUGUGUUUUUUGAGCAUCUGUGAUGCGCAAAGCCAACUUUAUGGACUGACGAAUACGUUGGUUGGAUUUUAUUGACCAUACGAUGCAUAUUCAGCCUCAAAGGAAGCAACAGUCUCAAGCAGCCGAAGGCAUGGGGGAAACGACGGGUUCCUCGUAUGGAUGCAUGUGUGAAAAUAUCUACUUAUCAGGAAUUUUUUUACAUGUUAGUAACAAAAACACAUCUAUUUUUCCAAGAAAAAAAAAACGUAUAACAGCAUACAGAGUACAAAGAGUUUGUGCCGACCGCAUAAACACGUAAAUACAAGUAACAGCUAUAUAUAGAUUAUAUGCAAAAUAUAAGUAGAUCUUUUAACGGAUUAAUAUAAACUCGUAUCACUGUUCACAACUUGUGGAUUUCCCUUUAUGUAUUUAUUUAUUUAUUUAUUUUUGGGUGAGGUCCUAGAUUCAAACUUGUGAAGUAUUACACCUUACUGUAUGUUGACUUGAAGUCCCUUACGCUGUCUUGCCCUGAUGUUUUUGUGUACUUUCUAAAUUCUGGCCUUACUGCCAAAAUCUUUAGUAACACUGUGCUUAGAGAUAGGUUUAAAUGAACUUUAACUGUUUUCCCAAGCAAGACUUAUAACCACAGAACACCAUGGGAACCCUAAAGAGCAGUUUAUGUGACCAAAGAUGGGUUUUGUCGGAAAAAAAAAAACUUAAGUGCCUAAAAGAAGGUCAGUUUGUACGUGACCUAAGAAAAAGAGAAACAAAAGCAAAAGAAGGACAAAAAAAAAGGACAGACCAAAUGUAGAGAAAGGUAAACAUAGAGAGAGAGGUAGGAGAACGGUUCUCCAGGAUGCAUAUUAAACUGCAUCCCUUCAUUAUUUCUGGUUUAUAUUUCCUUCUUGCCCUUCUCUAGUGCUGAUUGUAUUGAUGUCAGUUCUGUAGUACUUUAUUAUGGUUGGUUAAUGUACCUU